AUGGCCGACACCAACGGUACCUCUUCACUGACGCUCCACGGGCGCGUGGCGAUCGUUACAGGCGGCGCCGGCGGCAUCGGCUCCGCCGUCUCGAAACACCUCGCCUCCCUCGGCGCCCGCGUGGUGGUCGCCUACUUCGGGGACCCAGCGCCGGUGAGGGAGCUCGUGGUCGGCAUCAACGCCACGCACGGCGCCGAUCCUCCGCGGGCCCUCGCGGUGCAUGCCGACGUGUCGGACGCGGCGCAGGUGAGGGCGGUGUUCGACGUAGCGGCCGCGGCAUUCGGCGGGGAACUCCACAUCCUGGUGACGACGGCGGCGGUGCUGGACUUCUCCUACCCGACGCUGGCGGAGACUAGCGAGGCGUCCUACGACGCCAUGUUCGGCACCAACGCGCGGGGCACCUUCCUGUGCUGCCGCGAGGCCGCAAACCGGCUGGCGCGCGACGGGCGUGGCCGCAUCGUGACGUUCUCGUCGUCGGGGGUCGGGUCACUGCGCCCCGGCUACGCGGCGUACGCGGCCAGCAAGGCGGCCGUGGAGGUGAUGACAAGGAUCCUGGCGCGGGAGCUGCGCGGCACGGGGAUCACCGCCAACGCCGUGGCGCCAGGGUCCACGGCAACGCCCAUGUUCUACAACGGGAAGACGCCGGAGGAGGCCGACCGGUACAUCGCCGAGGCGCCGCUGGGGCGGCUCGGCUUGCCGGAGGACAUCGCGCCGCUCGUCGGCUUCCUUGUCAGCGACGCCGGCGGAUGGGUCAACGCUCAGGUCCUGCGCUGCAACGGCGGCACCAUCUAAUUGCUGUACUUUUUCUGAUGAGUCCUUAGGAUCCAUGUGGAUCUGUCGCUGGGUACACUGUUUUAUGAUUGCUCUCUUCCUGUUUUUUCAACGUGUUGUUAAUCUUAGUGCUCGAUCAACAAGCCGGCAAGGGUGUGGUUAGCGGGUUAGUGAUCGAUGACUUUGAGUUAAUCACUACUUUAUGCA